AUGGACAUAGUAUCACAGCUCCAGGACCACACCAACCACAUCGCCUUCCUCCUUUUCAACACCGUCGGCACACUUCAACGAGACGCCACUCCGUCAACCAUUCCUGGGAAACCUCUUCUCGCGCCAACCACACCAGCUGCACCUGGAAACGGUCAGCCGGUUACAGCCUCUGGACCAGGGAACACAGGCGCCGCCAUACCAACUGCUGCUUCAACGGGACCAGGCGCAGUAGCUAACGGAGCCGCGGCCCCUAACGGUACCAUUGGGCCUGGUGCAGAAGGAACCGUUGCAGCAGGAACUGACGCAUCGGUCGCCUCGGCACCAGCAGUCCCUGUGAUAGAGCAGGUUCCUGAGAUGGCAUCAGCCUUGGUUCAGGCGUUGAAGCUGUUUGACAUGCUUGUGGAUGCGUUACCUCCUGACAUUGACUUGACAGAAGAGGAGCAACUUCAAAGAAUAGCAGAGCUGAAUGCUGAGAAUGAGGCAGUCGCAAGGGAGAUGGCAGCAGAGUUGAACGGGGUGGAGGAGGAUCUGGCAGAGUACGACUCGGGCCUGAGGACCUUCACGGUGGCACCGCGCUUGGGGCCGAUGGGAGCAGCGGCAGCGGCCUUCUCCUCGGCACGGACGGUCAACCUCACAACACGGGAGGUAGAGACCUUGCUGCUGACAGCCACCUUCAGGGGUGCUGCGGCAGCAACGGAGCUGAGGGAGGAGGCGAGGGCAGCCAUUGAGCUGUGUGGAGGUGGACGAGGUAGCUGA